AACCGGGUGGUAUACGAUUUGGGAGCGAUGUUAUAUCAAUCUGACUGCACUGAGGAUGUGAUGACCGGUACCGUUGUUUCUUUUUUGUGAACGACGUCACUGAACUUCGAAGUUCUGGAGCAUCUGAUGUGGAACAUGAUAAUUGAUCUCCAGAAUGGCCAUUGUUAUGUCAUGGUUGCAAAGAGAUUUCUGCAGUACACUUAGGCACAUACGUAGAUGGUAGACGAUAACAUGGCUGCAUCAGAUGAAGAGUCACAUCAGCGAUAUCACAGAAAUAGAAACGUGAAAGUUAACGGCAGGUAUGACCAACCAAUCAGACACUCACGAUCCCAUUCCACGAGUGAUCUCCCAGCCAAAGAGUUUCAGGAAAGGACGUUGAAACCAUCCCUUUAUGAGGAAACUCGAAGGGAAGAAGCGGAUGAUGCGCUUUACUCAGAAGUGAGCUUGAUGGACAGUAAUUUCUCCUGCGCAUGCUGCUAUGAGCUCAUGGUGCAACCCACCACCUUGAACUGUGGACAUAGCUUCUGUCGGCUGUGCUUAGCAAGAUGGUGGAAAACAUCACAGAAGAUGACGUGUCCAGAGUGCAGGCAACCUUGGACUGGAUUUCCUCAUAUCAACAUCAUCAUCAGGAACACAAUAGACAAGCUCCAUCCCAAGGCCAUUCGAAGGCGUACUACCGCCCUCCAAUCCUUUGAGAACAUCAAGCUUCUCCAGGAGUUUGAGGAGUUUGGUGAGGCAGAUGAGAAGACAAGAGAAGCAGAGGCCGCAGGAGGGAGGCAGGACAGACUCAGAAAGGGUUUUGUAUGGGGAGUCCUCACAACACUUGGUCUUGUCUUUUGUUUGCAGAUCCUAUUGAAUUGGAACAGACAGGACAGUGAGAUGUUGGUGUACAAACCUCUUUCAAGAUGGAGACCUGUGGAUGUCUCACAGUGGUUGUCAGAGCUUGGUUCCUGGGCUGCCGAUGGCUACAGUAGGCAGUUUAAUGCCAGUGGAAUAAAUGGGGUUCUCUUGGAGGGGCUACAGUCUGAAGGAGAGCUGGAGCCGGAACCCUUCAAUAUUAACAACUCACUUCACCGUCAGGCCAUCUUGGUAGCCCUGGAGAGGGUCAAGCAACUUGGUGGAAAACCUCCAAGAGAUCUAUGGGAGUUCAAGGCAUUGCAUCAAGGCCUGAGCACCUUCCUAUCCUACACAGUUCGUGAGUUUCCUCGUCUAACCAUGACUGGCAUGUACAUGUUCUACUAUGAAGAUGUUUUUCUUCCAUUUAUUCAUCUUGUCUGCCCGGCGAGGUCUGACGUCGCUGGAGAAGCAAACAUCAUUGUGCAAUACUAUAGUGAAGACAUUGCUUGGGAGCAGUGGGUGGAGUUCAUCCCCAAGUUCCUCUUCCUCCCGUAUUUCCUUUAUGCAGAGUUUGCCUGGAACUUUGCCGAUGUAAACGCCUUGCCCGUAGCUUUCACCCUUGCAAACUGUGCCUUCCUGACAAUGGUUGAGGCCAAGGCCAUCACUGCUUUCUUCAGGAGGGGGGUCAGGACUACAUUCUUCUCCUUAAAGCGACAGACAAACACCUUUGUUAUCAUCUUCUUCAGUUGUCUUCUGUGGCCCAUCAUACCAACUAUUGUAACAGACCUCAUGUUCUACAUCUCUAUGUAUUACUCACCAUGUAUCAACUUCUAUGAAGUCUUUAUGCAGUGAGGCAAUGCAGUGAUAUAUCCUUUUACUAGUUAUUAUUGCUAAUGCCUGUACAAUGGGGGAUUUAGAGUAAGGUGUUGCUGUUUGUGAUAAACAUUACCUACUGGAACCGGGUGAUCUAUGUACAAAGCUUGUGGGAAUCAUAGAAUUCGGUAGUCAACAGGUUAAGAGUGCAAAAAAGGCUGCCAAAUGAAGUGAGCUCAAACACCGAGUUGGUUCAGAAAGACAAUACUGAUCAUGCGAUUGAUGGUUUGACUCUGGAUGAUGACAUCAUGCCUCUGCUUGACCGUCUCAACUUCACGCUAGAAGUCUUGAUGAUAAAAAUGAAAUCAGGAAGAAACAACAUAAUCUAUAAAUCACCCAAAGAAACCCAAACAGUCAAUAUAAUUGUUCAUUAAAAUGUAUAAAGCUUUGGUGAUAUUCACUCAUCUUAACUUGAAAUCAAGAUUCACCCCUCCCCCUGCUGAUGGGAUUGGUGUUGAUGAAACAAUGUUCUAGAUCAUGAACGCAAGCUGCCGGAAAUAUUUUUCUUUCUAGUGUCAAUUCGAACACCACCGUCAUUUCAAGUAUGGUGUUGUGACCCAACCAACACCAGAUUCCAACACCAUAUUUAAAAUGAUUGAAUAUUGAAACAUAUUGUUCAAAUUGUCAUUCUACUAAGACUAUUUAAUUUAUAAUUCUUAAAGAGAUGCCAGGCAAUGUUUUAGAAGCAGCCAGUAUCGAUUUAUUUUUGUACACGCAAUUAUCUAGAUAUACUACAGAUUUUCUUGAAUGAAGACUAUUAUUUGUAUUUCUUCACUUUAGUGUUUAAAGAAUCAACAUGUCAGAAUUAUUCUACAAACUUGAUGUUGGUUGUGUGUGUUUUGACAUUGCAUGAUUCUACACAUUGAAUGAAACAGCUUUUAGGAUUUGAUAUUCUUUGAUGAAAGCCCUGAACAUUUAACUUAUAUCUGUUUUUUUACUGGAUUAUUAGUUGUAAUGCAGGAAACUAAAAUAGUAAUACAUAUUGGCUUGAUAAAACAAGUAUUCAAAUUGCCAAUUGUAAUAUAUAUGGAUCAAUGUUUUUUUGACCCAGUUUAUUUCAUUUUAAAUCAUUGAUACAUGUAGGUGCUCUGAACUUUUAUAAGAUUUAUUAUAUUAGAAUCCCAUCAUUUAUUGAGCAAAAAGAUUAGCUUUGAAGGUGAUAGUGAUGAAAUGAGUACCUGUAACUAACUAUAUCUUUCAAAAGUUUAACAAUAGAUACCUGAGUAUGAAAAUAAAACAUUUAUUUUAGUAAUGUAUUUGAAGUAAAAUACCAUACAGUAAAGAAUUAUAUUUCUUGUUUGCGCAUAUUCAUUUAAAAAGAGUGUGUGCGUUUGAAUCACAGCUAUAAAAAAUAAUGAAGCCAGAAGGUCUUCAUGGCAUUAGGUCUCCUCAGUAUCAACAUUUCAUGAACAUUUUCACAUAAGCUCAAGUUUUACUUUAUCUUCAUUGCACCUUCGCAUUUGGCUUAGAAAUAAUUUUUCUGAUUUAAAUUCAUUCCUUCUUGGAGGGAAGCAAAAUAUUAUAGUACUUAAACUGGUUAAGAUGAAUGUGUGUGAGGUUAAAAUUAAUGUCAUUCAUCGAUUCAGAGCAGCUUGAUAUAGUGAUUAUCAUUUAAAGAUCACUUGUUUUGAUUAUGUUGAAAUUGAACCAGAUAGAGGUGAAUUGAGACCAUUAAAGAAAAAGAUGUGGCAUAUUUAAUGCAGGGCUGCCAAGUCUCCCUGAUUGUCUAGGAGACACCCUAAAAAUUUACUGACUUUCGAGCAAAAAGCUGCAGAUUUUGAUUUAUACAUUGAAUUAUCACUGUAUCAGGAUCUUGAUGUGAUACAGUGCAGGACCGUUAUGAUAAGCUUUAAGAUAAUAUUUUUGUAAGAAAUUAUUGCUAGCAGAAAUUUUAUCUCAAAAUUUUUAAUUUGAUUCUCUGAAUUACCACUAAUCCCAAUGAGUACUUGUAGUGAUUAACACCUUAGGGUAAGUUUAUAUUACCAUGAUAUGGUUUGAAGAAGUUAUUUUAUUUGCCAAAAUACAUGUAUAUCAAUUCAAUAAUUACAUUUUUUUUAAUUAAGUUAAGUUCAUUUUAUGUGACAGCCAAUACCCUUUUCCAUUAUGGUAUUAUCUUGCAUACUUAACUUUCAGUGAAAAUAUGGUUUAACGAGAUCUGGGUUUUUAAUUUUUUUUUAAGUAUUCCUGGUCCUAUAUUAAGUCUUUUUUAUGCUAUUCCUUCUGUGUUUUCAGCUUUCCUUUUUUUUUUUUUUUUGAAGUGACUUAAAAUAAUUCUUUGUUUUACCCAUGGACCUCCAUAUACUGAAUUUCAACUUAUCAGUAUAUAUAUAUUUUAAGUUGCUACAUUUUAUAUGUUCUUAUUUGUUUUCAUAAAUAUCUGUUUCCAUUAUGAAGUGACUCAUUAAAUUUGUUGCUUAUAGUGAAAGGGAAUAGUUUUAGUAUUUAGUCUUCCUUUAGUACUCAUUUGAUAUAAUACAUGUAUAUCGUGCAAAAUUCACCUUAUACAAAGAAGCUGUAGAUCUUUAUGAAAGUACACAACAUACUCAUAAUGGGUCUAAUAUGACCACUUUUUAAGUGACCUGUGUCUGUAUGUAUAAUAUGUGGUUAUUGUAUUUUUAUGUCUUUCCUGUCAAAAGUCAGUAGCCACGGAGCAAUAUUGUAUUACAGGCUCUUGCUUGCAAGCACCCAUUAAUUUCAAUAGAAAGUUAUGCAAUGAAGUCUAUCUAUAUCAGUACAUUCAGGCAUGGCCCUUUGAAGUUGGUCUCCUCUCAAGCGUCAAUCAAAUGUUAUUAUGUUUCAUAAUGGCAUUCUUAUAUUUUAUGUACAUAUAUGUUAUAAACCAACACGUUACACAUAUAGGUAAAAAAUACAUUUCAACAUAUUUUAUAAAAAAAAUUGAUACUUCUUUCAAUCUUGUAUGUAAAAGUAAACAAAUUAUGAACUAGAGUAGGAAAUUGGCAACUGAAAUUGAAUUUGUCUAUGUGAUUGAUCAAAAUUAAUUCUCAUUCCUAUGCUCAUAAACUUAUUCCAUUUAUUCUAUUAAAAAUAAUAGGAAUUUACGUAGACACAAAAUUUUAUUUUUUCAUGAUUAUUGAUUAUGAAUGAUAUAUUCUAUAUUUUGUUCAGCUAAGGUGUGUUGUAUAUUAUCAGUAUCUGCCCAUGAAAAUAUUUACAUAUUUACACUAAAUAUUCAUAUAUUUAUAAAGCCAGUUUAAUUGAAAAAAAUGAAAUAGUUUCACUGCAAUUCGUGUGUAUAUUACCAAAUUAUUAUUUUUUCUUUAAAUAAAAAAAAAGGAAAUAAACUUAUUCACCAGGUAGGGUGUUUAGUUAGAUUCACAUAUUUAAAAAGAUCUUGCAAUCAGGAUGUAUUUUUGCUUUAAAAGAUGCUUGUCUUAUAUCUUGUACACAAAAAACACAAAAAUACAGUCCUGCAUGUUCAUAUUACAGUCAUUUCCUGGAGAUGAAAAAUGAUGAAUAAGCUUCCAUAAUGAGCCUUCGAUCAGGCAAAGAAAUCUGAGACACAGAAAAAUAGCAGCAUGUAAAAUCAGGGUAAUGUAUUACUUUGUCUCCUGAAGUAAUACUAUUAUUAUUUUCAUUUUUUUUAAUAUAUCAUAUAUAUGCUUAUAAUCCAUGAAUGUUUUCUUUUAUUCAUAUCAAGCUUGCCAACCAAUAUCAUGCAGCCCAGAUCCCUGUAUGUGUAAUUUCAACAAAGUUGAAGAGAUGUGUGUUACAGAAAUAACCAAAGCAGGGAAAAUCAGGUUAUUUAAUUUUGUAGGGCAUAUUUCAAACAAAGAGAUAUAUGCGCGGAUCAUUUAUUUUAAACAACAGCUCAGUUACAGGCAGUCUUAAGAGCUUUUAUUUCCAUUAUAUUAAAAGCAAAACAGCCUGUAUGAAUUUUGUACUCCUUGUUUUACUAUAUGGGCUUAAAGUAUAAACAUUAAAAUCUAUUGUUAGCAUUACAGUUAAAUUCUAAAACAUUUGUUUAAGCCUAUAAACAAUACCAGGGGGUGUUUCACAAAGAUUUAAGUAUUACUUAGAGUCGCACGGAAAUGUCUAGUUGUGAAAGGUAUAAA